UAAGGUGAAUAUAUUUCCCCCGAGGCCUCAAGGAGACCUGGUGUCAAUAAAUACGUCUUUUCCCUCGACACCCGUCCAUUUCCUUCCCUUUUUUUUUUUUUUUUUUAAAAGCUAAAAAUGAUUCCCCAUCUCUGCAACGCACGGCCGGUUGUGGAAAGUAUAAUCAGGAAUUAGUUUAGCCCCGCUCGUGUUUGUCCGGAGGUUUAUUUGAGCUUUAUUUCCUCUUUACAUCCAACAGCUGUAAAAAAGGAUUUCUAGCACGCGGCGGUGCCUUUUUAAUGACGCGUUUAAUCUCAAAGUCACAAAGACCAUUUCAUGCAAUCCCUAAAAACUCGAGCACCUCGUUAUCGAGUUAUUAAAAAAAAAAAAGGUAUUGUCGAGCUCUGUGUAAUUACACUCACGCAAGUGAACACAACGGCAGAUAUUCAAAAUGCGAUCUGAGGUAUGAAAUGAAAGAGGCUCCGGUAUCAUAGCGCUCAACCUUGAUUUAACUUUGAACAUCUGGCUGAUGGUUUGAUUGAUGUUAUCGGGACAAACAGAGAGAGAGUUUAACCAGCUUCAACCUGCAGACACCGGUUCAGCUUUGUGUGUGUGUGUGUGUGUGUGUGUGUCGAUGAAAACGCUCUUAUUUAUAAAGAUGUAUUAAUGCAUCCAGCGUUCUUCUUUGCAUUUAAAGGUAAAAUACAGUAAUUAAAUAUCUUUGAAACACAAUAAUGUUAUCAGCCACCCAAAUGUUAUUUAUUUAUUUUAAAGAAAAGAAACUCUCUGAACUCUGUGGAGCUCCGUCUGGCUUAUAUCAGCCCGGUUCCUGUUUUAACUUCCCUGCAGUUGAGUUCAUUAUUUAUUUAUUUUUUACCAACUUUUUGACUGUCGCCGUCUCACAAAAGGUUUUCGCUCACAUAUUCUCGUCCAUGUUUGAGGUGAAAGUCACUUCUCAGCUCUAUAUUUAACAUUAUCUCCCAAAAACAAAACAACUACUAGAUUGUUAAUUUCAAACCAAAGCAUGUUUUCUAGUUGCAUCACGACUCGUGUGCAUUCAAAAUCCAUAUUCCUAAUCGACUUUGGAGUAAAGCAAAGUGAGGGAGGCGCAUUCAUUCGUACUGACGAUAAGAAAUGAAAGCCGGCCUCAGCGCUCGCGCCGCCUGUCCUGGUGUUUAAUGUUUAACUGCCCUACCCUUGUUGGUGGGAGGAGGAAAUGUGUGUGAGAGGAGCGUCUGGCUAACACUACACACUCCGACUGAGGCGAAACCCAACGACUCUGGACUAGAACCUGAGACGACCUCUCAUCGGGACUGAGGAGAUGGACCACGGCUCGGAGGCCACACACACUGGACCUCUGCAGAUAAGACACUAAAUAUUUAGAACAAAGUCCUCGUGUUUUUUUCGACUGUACACGGUCAUGAAAUGAUACACCUGCUGUGAUUUGGAGUUUACCUUCGACUGGGAUACUCUCCUUGAGAGUCUUCAUCGCAAGUUGUUAUCUUGGAAAACGGCUCUGACCACAGAGACUUCGCCCGGACCUGAUAAGCUAACGGACCAAAUCAAUACCUGGAAGAAUCAGAGCUCACCGCUCCGUAACCAUGAGUGAGGAAAUGGAGAUAGCGGAGGAGAAAGACUGGAGGGAGCUUGAACCCAACUACCCCGUCAAAAUCCUCCUGACAAUCUUCUACAGCGUCGUCCUGGCGACGGGCAUCGUGGGUAACUCGGUCACCAUCAGAGUGACGCAAGUGCUGAAGCGCAACGGCUACCUGCAGAAGAACGUCACCGACCACAUGGUCAGCUUGGCGUGCUCGGACUUGCUGGUGCUCCUCAUCGGCAUGCCGGUGGAGCUCUACAGCGCCAUUUGGUUUCCCUUCUCGUCGACGGGAGGCAACGCCUCCUGCAAGAUCUACAACUUCCUGUUCGAGGCUUGCAGCUACGCCACCAUCCUCAACGUGGCCACGCUUAGCUUUGAGCGCUACGUGGCCAUCUGCCACCCGUUUCGCUUCAAAGCCUUGCGUGGGAAACGCACCUCGGCCCUCAUCACCUUCGCCUGGCUGGUGUCCGUGCUCGUGGCCCUGCCGUUGCUGGUUGCCACGGGAACGGAGGGACACAUUCCCUUCCUGGCAGAUACGCCGGUCCAGAAUCUGACUUUCUGCACCAAUCUGAGGGAGCGCUGGGCGAUGUACAGGGUCAGCAUCUUUGUGGCUUUCGUCGUCUACAUGAUGGUGUUGAUCUGCGUGGCCUUCAUGUGCCGGGCCAUGGUCCUCGUCCUUCGGAGGCCUUACGGGUUGGAGGACCGCGCCGCCAACGGAAGUCAGGGAGCGCCCAAGCACGAAAGUUCAAGGGUCAAGGCGGCCAGGAAGCAGACCAUCAUUUUCCUCGGUCUCAUCGUGGGCUCGUUGAUGGUGUGCUGGCUCCCCAACCAGAUCCGUCGUCUGAUGAUGGCCGCCGUGCCCAAGUCCCGCUGGACCAUUUCCUUCUUCCGGAGCUACGUCGCUCUCCACCCCGUGGCCGACUCCUUCUUCUACCUGAGCUCCGUCCUCAACCCGUUCCUCUACAACCUCUCCUCCAGGCAGUUCCGGGAGGUGUUCGUUCAGGUGCUGCGGUGCCGCCUCACCAUCGAACACAUCAACAAGCGCACGGUGCGCAGCUCCAACGCGGCCUCCGGGCGCUUCCUCCGGCCACUGCUGAUAAAGUCGCUGCGCCGCGGCAGGGCCGAGCGUCCCACGCUGGCGCACGAGAAGACGCCUCCCACCUUUACCACCUUUCACAGUCAAAGUGACUCGGGAGUGGCUUCAAAUACUCAAACUUCCCUCAGCCUGACCGAAGAGUCCGACGCGAUUCCCAAAACAAAGACAGAUGUGCCAUCGGAGAGCGAAGUGUAGCGCGCUGUUAUACAAUUUUAAUGCAAAACAAUGAACAGUCAAAUGAAACCUGUGGCAUCGUAAACAAAUAGAGAGAUAUUUCCAUAUACACAGUUAAGACAAUGUCACAAAUGUCAUCAACAGAUCACGCUCGGCUGACAAUUUUGGCAUGAUAGCGAUAGCAUGACGGGACUCCCAAGUCAGAAGAUUAUUAUACAAACGUUUAAAUAUUCAGUUCAGCAUGAAGACACAGCUGGAGUUAAAGUUAAAAAAGGUACCCAGCAGAGUUUUUGACCAGCAGUGCGGCUCCUUUUGGAUGUUUGCAUCUCGUGGGCGAGCGAACUAUCCGAGCUGAGUGGCCACAGCUAUGACAGCAGGUCAGUUGUGCCCCACAUUCAUCUCUAAACUCCUCAUUAGCAUUUUUAGCCUUUAGGUCCUUUAAGUCAGAAAGAGCAGUAAACAAGUAAUUAAUUUUGGGGAGCCAGCAUGAAGUCAAUGCGCUGAGAGAAUGCACCCGCCCCAAAGUUACCAAGAACACCGCUUCAGUUAUUAUUCAACCUCCUGUGGUUUUCUAUGCAUCGAAUGUCCUUUAAACUUUGACGUCAAUGUCACCUUGUUUACGAGGUUGGUAUAUGUUGACUGGCAUAAACAUUUAAUUAGUAGUCGUAUCCUGCAUUUUGUUGUCGGAGAGUUCAUUUAAUGCACACUUGAGAGUGGCAGUAUACGUUUGUUUGUACAUGAUCUCUAGAAGGACAGCAAGAUUAUAAUCAGUUAUACAAACUCAUCUGCUUUAUGGUGACACAAGGCUAACAUUUGGUUACAUUUAGGUAAAGAUCGUGGUUAUUAUUUAAAAUGUUACUAGAUAAAAUGUGCUGUUAAAAUGACUACUUUACCAAGCUUAGUGGACAUGUGUCAUCAUGGCUACAGUAAUAAACACUAAGGUUAGGAAACGACUGAUAAAAGAAACCGAUGCUUCUUGGUAGAAAAUGUGUGAAUGGAACAGAGAUAGUGUGUUAAAAGACUGGUUCGGGACCCAUAGGUGAGUCAGAGGAGAUUUUAUUAGGGUCGCCAAAUAAAUAAACUAUGUCUUGUAUAUCUGCAGUACACCUUCGAGCCACAGAUCAGAGCAAUAAAACAAGAACGGCGUCUAAAUGUACGUUGUUCCACCGACGAGAGAAAAUGGAAAUAGUGAGAUUUACUUUUAUUUGGUCAUUUAUAGAAGAAAUUGAAGAAGAGGAACGUAUUCGUUCAAUAACACAUGCACAAAUUGAAGUUGUGAUUUACAAAAUGGCCGGUUUACCUCUUCAAGGUAACACAAGAUGAGGCUGAAAUGGGCAGUAAAAAUAGUUAGGAACAUUCAUUUAUGCAAAGAUUGGAUUCUUCCUCACAAUGUAAGGCCGAUUGUUCGUUGGGUCAUGAUUGGUUGUCAUUUUUUUUUUUUUUUAAAGUGGGUCCCCAGGAAAAAAAAUAAAAAAGUAGGAAAAAGUCACAAAACAACGUCGCCCGACUUUCUUGUUUGCAGCUAGAGGGCGCUGUCAGUUUUAUUUUGAAAAUGUGUGAAGUUUGGCCAUGCAGAGCUCAAAAUAUUGGCUUUAAAAAUGCAUUCGACGUGUUUUGUUGGAACUCCAGGACACAUUCACAAAAAACUCCACAGGGUACCUUUUAAGGUUCGGGUCGUUCUCAAAACCAACAACUCAACCACUGCAAAAGCAAAACAAUAUUACAUUGUGAUGGGACGGCACCAACAACGUCACAUUACGUCCUGUCAUGACAUGGCUCUCUGACACGGUAUGCAUACCGACGCCUCGUCCAUACGACACAUUCCCUGAUGGUAGAGAACGAGCGGAACUUUUAGGGUAACUUCAAAAAACUGGUUCUUCAAAGUCCAUCAGCGGUCAUGUCGUCGCUCUCUGACUGUACCACUGCUGCUCAAUCUCAAUAUGCAAACGGUUCUAGUCAUUAUGGAUGCAAAGAAUAUGCGGUCAGUGCUUUGAAACAGGUUUCUGUAUUUCAACAUGCUCUUUGCAGCUCUAUGUACAGACAUGAAGUGGGGGAAAGCUUCGGGGAUAAAAUCUUUCCGAUAAGUCGGUGGCUUAAACAUAAAGACUAGCACGUGUGAUUUUCUUCAUCCGAUACCAUUUUUCCCCGACUGCAGCAAAUUAUUAAAACAGCAUCAUUGUCACACAUUGUCUUUUCUUUUUUUUUUUUACUUCCGUCAAUCCCACGUAAAGGCUAUUGUUCUCG